GAUAAAUCAAUAAUCCACUCAAAAGCAUAAAAUGGUAGUGAGUAUUGUAAUUAUACGGGCCUGAUACUGAUUGUUUUUGUAUAAAAUAUUUAAGUUUCGUUUCAGUGCAUUAUAACAAUGUUAAGGUCAAACCUGAAAUUGGUCAUAAAAUUCAACAACAUGAAGUAAAUGGUAAAUUACAAAGCGUAUACACUCCGUUUCUGCAAUAUCGAUGUGAAUUUUACAUGAUUGAUGGAGUUACGUAUUGUACAAAAUGGUAUAUAAACGGAACCUACCAAGUUCAGAUGGGACCUUCUUCAAAUCAAGACGAACUUGUUUUCAAAGAAGAUUAUCUGUCACAUCUUGGACCUGGAUAUGAGGUGCAAUGUGGUGUUAUCACGGCUGGUGCAAAUGAGUCAUCUGAAGCAUUAAGUGAUGCCUUCUUUGCCGGAUUAAAAAUAAAAGACGAGUCCAUCACACUGAGUAAGAGCGGUUUUGCUACUGUUGAUAUAGAGCAGACAAUUCCUAAAGGCUGCUAUUACACUGAUGACGAAGAAUCAAAUUGUGAAGAGCGAAUGACUUUUGAAGACGAAUCAUCUGUAUCCUAUAUGUGCGCAGGAAAACUUCGUGUACAAAACACCGCUGAUGUCGAAAAUUCUUUUGUAAAAAUAAAGAGUUUAAAAAAAGAGGAAUCAUGGACAAGUACCACACAUAGGAUAAUGUUGACAACUGCUGACAGCACAUAUGACGAUGCAACAAAAUUCGACUUACAAGUAUAUGUAACAGACACUACUGGUCAUGACAAACGAAGAUCAGUCAGAUCAGAGACUGUAGGAGCCAUUCACGUAACAGUAACGGACAAUUACAGACAUUGGAACAAAAGAUGUUACUCACACGCCGAUCCACAUAUGAGAACAGUAGACGGAUUGAAUUAUCCAGCUCAGAAGGAAGGAAAUUAUACAUUAUACAGGAACAUGAAAUACCAAACAGAGGUUCAAAUGUCAGCUCAGUAUUGUUCCCCUGGAUCAAAUAGCGGACCAGUGUGUGCAUGUGGAAUAGCAAUAGCUGUUGGAGCUGAUACUUUCAUUUUUAAUAAAUGUUACAACACCAUAUUCAAAUUUGACUUAAAGUGUAAUGAAGGUGGCCUUAUUGAUAUCGACGAAAUGCAUUCCCAUCGUUAUAAGGUCAGAACACCAAUAGGUACCAUUAUCCACAUAGCAUUUCAUGGAUGGAGUAACACAAUGGACUUUGACAUAUACAUGUCUGCUAAAGAUUUCGGCAAUGUUGAUGGCUUAUGUGGAACAUUUGAUGGCGACAGAAGUAACGACCUUCUUCAUAGAGACAACAAAACCAUUUCAAAUGACUAUAACUGGAGCUAUCGCUUCGCAGAUAGUUGGAGAUUGUCGGAUGAAGAAAACUUGUUUAAAAAUGAUGCAAUCUUACUGACACCAUGGAACACUCAAACGAACGGGAUAGCAGACCAGCCUUGUAUCAGACCUAAUUCUAUAACAAAGAGGAAAUGUAAGAUUAAUCGUAGAAAUAGGCGAGCAACUCAAAUUCCCGUACAGCACAAACAUUGGAGCCGGGCGUCUGUAUCCCGAGAAAGACGGAGCACACACAGUUUCACCGAAGAAGAAGCAUUUGCACUGUGUAACAUCUCCAUUUAUAAUACUCCAGCAGUUAUGGAGUUUCCAGACUACCUUGCCGAAGAAGACCCGAAUAUAAUUGUUGAACAGUGUGUUUAUGAUUUGACUCAUGGGAACGACACGGACUGGGUAGAUGUACAUGUCACUAAUGUAAACAAUGUCGCAGAUACUGUUCUAAACCUCAAUCCUGUAUUUGUUGCAAAUAAUACAGACAAGGUUAACACCUUUCGUUUGCAAAUUUGUAUGAACAAUUGUAGUGGAAAUGGUGAAUGCCUUGAGACAGGAGUGUGUGAAUGCCAUGGAACAUUCCGUGGACCAGACUGUAGUGAUGACAUGAGAAUACCUCCUGUAGUUUAUGGUAUAGAAGGAAACGGAAUCUGUGAAAUCACAGAAGAGGAUGACUGUACUUGCUUCGAAAUCAGAUCUGACAACGUGUUUGAUGGUUUCAUGUGUGACAUUAGUAAACAUAGGGUAUAUCUCAAUGGUACUCGAGUUAAGAUGGAACAGUCUAUUCAUACUGGUUACUAUGAGGAUAUCUUCACUGGCGAGUGUUGUGCACCUGAAAGUAGAAAAAGGCGAUCUGAAGGAAUCAACGAUGAUGAUCCUUUUGUUAUCUCGUAUGACAUUUCCGUCAGCAAUGAUGGUGCUACCUAUGGUGAAAUCAACACUGUCUUUGUCUAUGAUACUACAUGCUUGACACAAAGUACAAAUCAAGAGAAUAUCACCAUUUAUCUAAAGGAUGGCUACUGCUUUAUCAACGGGUUGUGUCUAGUACGUAAUUUUUUGUCGACGGUAGAUUGUUUACUUUGUGACCCGGCGUCAAACCUUUACAAAUGGACAGAUG